AUGGGAUCUGCUAGCACUGGUGAGUGGGUUACUGUAGCUGGACGGGGCGAGAAUCAUGAAGGUGGCCCAAAAUCGAAUCACCUUCAGAAGUUCACUAUCCCUAUCAUGAACGAUCCUGAUUUCAAGAAAGCUUACCCGAACGAAAUCUAUGAUUAUGUGCAAUAUGCUAGUUGUACGAUUAAAGCUGGCUUGGACUCUUGCUACGGAGACAGUGGUGGUCCGUUAACGCGAGGAACAGGUUGUGCUCGCUACGGCAAACCAGCGUCUAUGCGUGUCAGUAAAAUCCAAUCAUGGGCUAGUGGCAUCUACNCGCACUACCUUAUUAUGAUCUUACUACAAUAUGCUAAUAUUGAAUAA